GUCAGGGAGUGCGGGGCUGCUGGGAAGGUGCAGACGUGCCCUGUGGAAUGCAGUCCUGGAAAGAAACGUGAAACAUGCUCACAGUUUCCACCUCCUGACGGGCCAGUCUGGCGUGUGACUGGUUACUAAUAUCCCCAAGAGGCUGAGAGAGAGGUAGAGAAUGACUGUUAGCAGGUCCCCCAUCUUCCUCUCUUCCCUCCUCCUGUCCUCCCCUCAUCCCUCCCUCCUCCUCUGGAGUAUCCUGGCCGCUGCUGACCGGACUCUCCUGUCCCCCUGUCCCGCUCUCUCACAGCCUCAGUGCGGACGGACAGACGGACAGACGGACGCCGCUCGAGCCCAUGGAGUCCAAGCAGCUGCUGCGGAGGCUGUACGGCGUGGCGCGGAUCUGCGUGACGCUGGCCUUCGCCCUGCUGGUGCUGGGCGGCCUGAUCUACGCCUACGUGGCGGGGACCCGGCUGGCCAGCGCCCCCUACAGCGUGGUGUCCUUCGGGGUGUACGGGGUGCUCCUGGGGCUGCACAUCCUGGUGCAGAGCACCUUCGCCUUCGCCGAGCACCGCAGGAUGAGGCGCCGCAGCCUGGCCUGCAGCUACAGGAGGUCGGUGGCGCUGACCAUCUCCGCCUACCAGGAGGACCCCACCUACCUGCGCGAGUGCCUGCUGUCCGUGCGCAGCCUGUGCUACCCCCAAAGCAAGCUGCGGGUCAUCAUGGUGGUGGACGGCAACUCGCCGGAUGACCGCUACAUGAUGGACAUGUUCCAGGAGGUCUUCCGGGACAAGGACCCGGGCUGCUACGUGUGGCAGAACAACUACCACUCCUGGGACCCGCGAGCGGCCGCGGGCGGGGAGGGGGACCCCCAGCGGGAGGAGGUGGAGGCGCUGAUCCAGAGCCGGCCGUUCGUGUGCGUCAUGCAGAAGUGGGGCGGGAAGAGAGAGGUCAUGUACACGGCCUUCAAGGCGCUGGGCAGCUCGGUGGACUACGUCCAGGUAGCACUUACGCUCAUCUCCCCUCCAUCCGCGUGGCUUUGCGCUGGUCCACUUCCUCCUGACCCUUCCCCCUCGGCCCACAGGUACACCGCCCGGUCCCGGUGCUACACCGAGACGCCGGCCCAGUUCCUGCGCUGGCUGAACCAGCAGACCCGCUGGACCAAGUCCUACUUCCGCGAGUGGCUCUACAACGCCCUCUGGUGGCACAAGCACCACCUCUGGAUGACCUACGAGUCCAUCGUGGCCGGCGUCUUCCCCUUCUUCGUCACGGCGACCGUCAUCAAGCUGUUCUACUCGGGCAGCCUGUGGCACAUCCUCUGGGUCCUGAUCUGCAUCCAGGUCAUCGGGCUGGCCAAGUCGCUGUACGCCUGCCUGCUGCGCAAGAACGGCGUCAUGGUCUUCAUGUCUCUCUACGCCAUGCUCUACAUGACCAGCCUGCUGCCCGCCAAGUACUUCGCCAUCCUCACCAUGACCAAGAGCAGCUGGGGCACCUCCGGGAGGCGCAAGCUGGUGGGCAACUACAUGCCCCUGCUGCCGCUGUCCGUGUGGGGCGCCGCCCUGCUGGCCGGGCUGUGCUACACCAUCUACCGCGAGAGCCGCUGCGACUGGAGCUCGCAGCCCAAGCUCGCCGAGGUCCCGUUCCUGAUCUACGGCUCGGUCGCCUAUGUCUGCUACUGGGCCGCCAUGCUGCUGCUCUACUGGGUCUGGUUCCGGAGGUGCUGCCGGCGGAGGUCCAUGUCCUAUGACGUGACGGUGUAGGGGCGGCGCGUUCCGUUCCUGAGCCCACAAAUUUCUUCGGUCCGUCCUGUGCGUCGCUGUUUUAAACGGGGGGCGCGGGUUCAAUCCGCACCAUGUGACACUGCAGGUCUCUCCCUGAUUAAGGGGCGGGACUGAGCCCUGAUUGCUCCUCUCAGCGUAUCCAUGGGAACCUGCUGAGUGGGCGUGGUGUGGGCGGGGCAUGGACACUGUGGUCUCCCCAAGCCUCUAUGGGGGGGCGAUCUUUGGGGCUACAUGCGCCAGUGAAGCACAGAUAAAUCACUACAAAAACAGCCCCCCCCCAUCACAAUCGACCCCCCUUUUGUUCCACUCGGCAAGAAAACACUGAACCACAGGACAGGUCCACCGAGCAGGGAGAUCAAUUAAUAUAUUCAGAUAUUUAUAACAAUCUGUGUUGCAGAAAAUAUUGUUUACUGAUAUUUAUUUGUUAUUGUACUAGCAAUUCACUUCACAGAAGGAUUUACACAGAAGAAAUGCUGUUUCUCAUAGCACCAGCAAUUAAGAGAUUUACACAGAAGGAAAUGUUGUUCUUGUUGAAGGUGCAAUCGGUUUAUUGCUGGUGUGAAUACUGAAAGACAAUAGAGUUUGAUGGAAGUCACGUCAUACCUCGUUCAAAGAUUACUGAGCACUGAUUCUUCUCCACAAGGGGAACAUAGCAGAUCCCA